GCGGGCGGCGUGUGGAUGGAGGCCUGGGCCCCGGGCCUGGCGCGGCGGGGCCGGCGGCGGGCCUCGGGCUCCCCGCUCUCCCGGGCCGCCGUCGUCCUCCUGCUCUCGGCCUUCCUACUGCCGGCGCCCCCGACAGUUGGAUAUUUGAUUCGAUUACCAAGAAGUUUUAGCUUGACCCAAGAUUCACUGAAAAUAGUAGGAUCACCAAAUUAUCCAGUGAAAGUGUAUGUUAUGAUCCAUCAGAAGAGUCCACACGUGUUAUGUGUGACCCAAAGGCUGCGGAAUUCCGAGCUGAUAGACCCCGCGUUCCAGUGGCACGGGCCCAAGGGGAAGAUCGUCUCAGAGAACAGCACCACACACAUCACCACCACGGGGAGCCUUGUGUUCCAGGACUUCGAGGAGGGCAUGACGGGGGCGUACACGUGCUUCCUGGAGUACAAGCCCACCGUGGAGGAGGCGGUGAAGAACGUCCAGCUCAAGUUCAUCGUGUACGCGUAUCGUGAGCCUCACUUUUAUUACCAGUUCACAGCCCGAUACCAUUCAGCUCCUUGCAAUAGUAUCUAUAACAUUUCUUUUGAGAAUAAACUUCUACAGAUUUUAAGCAAACUGGUUCAUGACAUUAAAUGUGAAGUUUCCUUACAGAAGUCUGAAUGCCAUCAUGUUAAAAUGCAAAAAGCUGGCUUUCAAAAUGAAUUGUUUUUUAAAUUUGCAGUUUCAUGUAUAGAUACUGAAAAAGAAUCCAAGCCAUGUGACGACCAUACUUGUGACUAUUCCAAAAGGCUAUCUAAGGCUAAAAAUCUCAUAGAGAGAUUUUUCAGUCAACAAGUAGAAGUCCUAGGCCGACGUGCAAGUCCGUUGCCUGAAAUAUACUACAUUGAAGACACCCUGCAAAUGGUCUGGAUUAACCGCUGCUUUCCCGGGUACGGAAUCAAUGCUGUGAAGCAUCCAAAAUGCCCUGAGUGCUGCGUGAUCUGCAGCCCCGGCUCCUACAACCCCAGCGACGGGACGCACUGCCUGCACUGCAACAGCAGCCUGCUCUUCGGGGCCAAGUCCUGCUUGUAGGCGCUCCCCGCGCUGUGGGGAUGUUGACACGGACGUAGAGUUUUGAAAUAUUAAUACCUAAUAAAUCACUAUUAUGCCAAAUUAAAUGUAUCAGGUUUGACCAGAAAA